AGGAAAUUAUUAUUAUUAUUUUUUAAUAUAUGAAGCUGAAAUAAAAUUAUUGCAUUGCUUUUUCAGUCAAUAUAAAUUUCAGUGAUGCAAAAACUCUCAAUCUUUUCCUUCUUGUCUCUCUUAAUCCUCUUCCUUCUCUCACCUUUCACAGAAUCCAAAUCUUCAUCCGAAAACAUUUCAUCUGAUCUCUGUCCAAUCACAAAGUGCAGCGAAAAUGGCCCAUCCAUCAGGUUCCCUUUCAGGCUCAAUACUCAACCAAUCUUCUGCGGCCAUGACGGCUUUGAAUUGUCAUGCUCAAACAGCAACACUAUCUUGCAUCUUCCUUCAUCUUCCAGUGAUUUCCAUGUGCUAGAAAUCUCAUAUCAUGACAGCACCAUCGCCAUUAGAGAUGGGCAAGAGACCACCUCAUGCCCAAUACAAAAUCUUCUCUCUUUUAAUAUCACAGACUCCAAAUUUUUCUUCUUCCCUUUUUGGGCAGGGAAAACUUUAGUGAACUGCGGCGAGAUGGUUGAUUUAAAUGGAGCUAUUGGCCCGGUUGAGUGUGUAAGUGGGGAUAAAAAUUUUGUUUAUGUUAUGAAUUCAGAUGCGGGCAUGGAUCAGCUUCCUUUAGCUUGCAGAACUUACAAAUCGUUUCGUGUUUCGACUGAGUUAGAUCUGGUGAAGGCUAUCAUGAGGGACUCGAUCGCACCAAGAAUCGUCUUGGGCUGGAAUGAUUUUGAAUAUGGCUGCCAUGACUGCGAGCAAUCUGGAGAUAUCUGUAGUUUCAAUAUUACAAGCAACUCAACAAUCUGCUUGAAACAACCAGAUCCUCGUGGUCGCAGAGUAAAAAUUGCUGUAUUCACAUCCACAAGUAUUGGGGGGCUUCUUGUUUUUGCAAUGGUGAUAUUUCUUAUUUACAGAUCUCGGAAAUCUGAAAAGGAAAAGGAAAUUCAGGUAAAGGUAGAGAAGUUCCUGGAAGACUACAAGACUCUGAACCCAACAAGAUAUACUUACAGUGAACUUAAGAAAAUAACCAGUAAAUUCAAGCACAGAUUGGGCCAAGGCGGCUAUGGAAGUGUCUUUAAGGGCAAACUCUCUAACGGAAUUCCGGUGGCUGUUAAGAUGCUGGAAAAUUCAAAAGGAAAUGGCGAAGAAUUCAUCAAUGAAGUGGCCACUAUUGGCAGAAUACACCAUUUCAACAUUGCCCGUCUUCUGGGAUUUUGCUCUGAAGGAACUCGUCGUGGGCUUCUAUAUGAGUACAUGCCCAAUGGAUCUCUUGAAAAGUUUAUCUUUUUGAAGAAUAACGAUUCAACUCAUCGUCCAUUGAGCUGGGAGCAGCUACAAGCCAUUGCCAUUGGCGUUGCGCGAGGCAUAGAGUAUCUUCACCAGGGAUGCAAUCAUAGAAUUCUUCACUUUGAUAUUAAGCCUCAUAAUAUACUACUAGACCACAAUUUUCGUCCGAAGAUUUCAGAUUUCGGGCUUGCAAAAUUAUGUUCCAGGGAUCAAAGUAUCAUAUCAAUGACAGCAGCCAGAGGAACUCCAGGCUAUGCAGCCCCGGAGCUCUUCUCGAGGAACUUUGGGGAGGUUUCUUACAAGUCCGAUGUCUUUAGCUAUGGAAUGAUGCUGUUAGAGAUGGUGGGUUGCAGGGAAAAUAUUGAUAUUUCAAUUGAAAAUCAAAGCCAGAUAUAUUUUCCUGAGUGGAUUUAUAACAAAGUGAGACGAGGAGAAGAAUUCGGAUUCGAAAUUGAGGCAGAUCAUGGAGAUGAGGAGACCGCCAAGAAGCUUUCGAUUGUGGCACUGUGGUGCAUUCAGUGGAAUCCUGCAGAGAGGCCUUCCAUGUCAAUGGUAAUUCAAAUGCUUGAAGGGGAUUUGCAAAGCCUGGAAAUGCCUCCAAAGCCCUUUGUUUCUUCUGAUGCUGAAACAGAUACAAUUUGAUGUGGUAAAGAAAUAUUAGCAAUGCUAUGUACAUGUAAUAUAUGCAUAAAAUUGAUCAUCAUCAUAUAAUUAAAUAUUAUUUAAUUUUUUAUUUAAAAUUAUCUAAUUUAAUACUCAUUGUAACUGUCCAUAGUUAUAUUGAAGAAAAUAUUUGAGA